UUGAAGGGGAAAAAAAAAAUCGACAUCUUCGAAUUUAUUAACGUUUUAGGCGAGAGCCUGCACUUCUCCGAAAUUCUCCCAGUGAUUUCUAGAAGCAAUAGCAGCAGUUCCCAAGUGAUACAUGGCGUCAGGCGUCGGAGCCAAUGGCGGCGCGGUGGUGGACUGGCACCAGAGGCCACCCAGCCCCAAGAACCCUAUUGUAUUCUUCGACAUCACUAUUGGCAACAUCCCCGCCGGCCGAAUCAAAAUGGAGCUCUUCGCCGAUAUUGCUCCUAAAACCGCCGAAAACUUCAGGCAGUUCUGCACAGGAGAAUAUAGGAAAGGAGGAUUACCUGUUGGUUACAAGGGAUGCCAGUUCCACCGAGUGAUUAAAGAAUUUAUGAUACAAGCUGGUGAUUUUUUGAAGGGUGAUGGUAGUGGAUGCGUAUCCAUUUAUGGAAGUAAGUUCGAUGAUGAAAAUUUUACUGCAAAGCACACUGGUCCUGGCCUACUAUCAAUGGCAAACAGUGGGCCAAAUUCUAAUGGGUGUCAGUUCUUCAUCACCUGUGCGAAGUGUGACUGGCUCGACAAUAAGCAUGUUGUUUUCGGGCGUGUGCUUGGAGAUGGUCUUUUGGUUGUAAGGAAGAUUGAGAAUGUGGCAACGGGACCCAACAACAGGCCUAAAUUGGCUUGUGUUAUUGCUGAAUGUGGAGAGAUGUAAAACUUCAUAUGUUGCUGCAAUUUUUACCAGAUUUUAGGUGUUCAAAAUCAAGUAAUUAAAUUUGCUUCUGAAGUUUUAAGAUUGCGUGGAUAUUUAGAGAAUUUCUGGUUUAUCUUGUUGGUUAGUUUGUAUCUGCCAUCAACUAUUAGGCUCCGUUUGAUAGGCAUCAAUUUCCAUGGAAAAUGAAAAUUAAUUUCCAUUUUGGCCAAUUGUGGGUGAGUGAUUGUAAAGAAUUUCCAUGGAAAGUGAAUUCCACGGUGCCCUCUCACA